UCUCGGAAUCUCCCUGUAUUUCUCACAAGAGCUCAUCUGCUGGCGGACGCAUCCCUCCUCUCUCCGGUACAACCGACGGUUCGGUUAGGAGAGCAGCACGACUGCACCUGCUGAUAGAUAGUUGAUCCAGGCUUUUACCUGGACUGUAUUUUCCGACACUGAAUUAAAAAAAAAAAAAAGUAGUAGUUUAGACAGACUUUAUUUAUAUCUUCCUACAAAUAAUAUUCGCUUUUCCCCACAACUUUAGCUGGGAUCUUGAGUAGGAUAGCCAUGUCCGAAGUGCUGCCAUACAACGAGGGGAAGAUGAACGGCUACGGGGCGGACAGUGAUGUCAGUCAGCUCUCCUUCAGCUGUCGACUGCAAGACACGAACUCGUUUUUCGGAACAUCACAGUCCAAAAGGCCACCGAAGCUCGGGCAGAUUGGCAGGGCAAACCACGUGGUCAUUGAAGAUGACCGAAUAGAUGAAGUUCUCAAAGGGAUGACAGACAAGUCAACUCCUGGUGUGUAAACUUGAACGAUUAUACUUUGUCAACCUUUUCUUUUAAUCACCGGUUUGACGCACUUGUCGCCUGUGCAUGUGAACGAGAGGUGAAGAUGAUGGUUCAGUGUAUGAGUACAGGACGAAGGAUGAAGAGCCACUCUGCACGAUGGGUUAAAAUAGCGAGAUUUGAAGACGCUGGCAAUUCUCCAACUGAAACCCAUCCCAAACCGCUGCUGUGAAGAAAGCAUCCCAUGAUUUCUGGUCAUUUAGCCCCUCGUCUCGUAGACGCCGUGGGUCUGGGUGUGAGAUUUCAUCACGACAUCAACAAACAGAAGCCCCUGUUUCAUAGGCAUCUAUCACACUAUGAGCUGCUCGUUCAAGGGAGCUGUCCAGUUCAGCACCUGACGCACAACUUGACUGUCUUUCCAGAGAAAUAAGCUACAUUUAUAUCUUGCAUGGAAAUGGGAUGAUGUAUGUAAUCGAGGGAAGAUUGAUUACAUGUUUUAUUCACUUCCUUCACAUCUACAUCCAUUCCAUUUUCAAUCCUUGACUGAUCAUAUGCCCAAAAUACAUUUUAUAGCCAACAAAGCCACUUAAAGCCAGCAAGGAAGAUCUGAAGAAUCAGCAAUGGAGGGAAAAUAAGAAGGAGUACUUCUUGUUUGAUUUAUUGCAUCUUUUCUAUGACUGUUUAUUUGUUUGGCGUCGUGUAUAGAUUAAUAUAUACAGUUCUCUUUGCAUGAACUUCUCUCUUGUGCCAUUGCGGGUGUUUCCACCUCUUUUAAACCCAGGCACGCUUGUUUUUACCAAAAUCAAUAUUUGUAUUUUUUAUAUCUGAAUAUUUGUUACUCAGAACAAUACUAGAUCAUCAACACAGACAGGGUAUGUGAGGAUACAGAGGCAUAAAACAUAAUCAUAAAGGACAGACUGAAUGUUAUUUUGGGGAGGGGGUUUCACAAAUCAGCAUAAACACGCUUUCUGUUGCAAUAAGUGCUCAUGUCUUUGUUGAUAAUGAAAUGGUUUGGAAAUAUAAUUUCAGAGUAUGUUCAACAGCACUCUCACUGUAAUUACAUCAGUGGUGUGAGCAUCUCAGUUGAUUAUUUAUUUAUUUGUUUGUUUUUGUAUUAUUUUAAAAUGUUCAGUGUGUGGUUUAUUGUGCAUGGGAUAUUUUUCAAGCUUAUAACCAAUUUAUGAAGCAAAAAAUUGUACACAAAUGUCUCUACAUUCUACAAAUGAAUGAAUAAAUGAAUUCAGAUGAUUCAUUCA